GGAUAGUUCUUGAAUUGGACUUGGGAAUCCUAGGGAGAGUUCUCUCAGCCCCACCUACCUCAGGGUGUUUGUUGUGAGGAAGGAAUAUAAAGGAGAUUGUGAGCUGCUCUGAGACUUCUUGUGGCCUCAGGUGAUCGCAAGUGGGUGAAAGAUGGCUGCUGCCAAGCCGGGUGGUGAGAUAGAGCAAAUGAAGCAGGAGGCGGAGCAGCUGAAGAAACAGAUUGAGGAAGCUCGGAAAGCUGUUGCUGACACUACAUUUGCUGAGAUGUGCUCUGGGGUAGAUGUGAUUGGGCGCAUACAGAUGCGCACACGGCGGACCCUGCGUGGGCACCUGGCCAAGAUCUACGCUUGUCACUGGUCCACAGAUUCCAAGCUCCUGGUCAGUGCCUCACAAGAUGGGAAACUCAUUGUGUGGGACACAUAUACAACCAACAAGAUUCAUGCCAUCCCUCUCCGCUCCUCCUGGGUCAUGACCUGUGCCUACGCCCCAUCGGGGAACUUUGUGGCCUGCGGAGGUCUCGACAACGUGUGCUCCAUCUACAACCUCAAGAGUCGCGAAGGGACUGUGAAAGUAAGCCGGGAGCUCUCGGCCCACUCAGGUUAUCUUUCUUGCUGCCGAUUCCUGGAUGACAACACCAUUGUGACCAGCUCUGGAGACACCACAUGUAUCCUCUGGGACAUUGAAACGGGAAUGCAGAAGAACACCUUCAUCGGUCACACUGGAGACUGCAUGAGUCUGGCCGUCUCUCCAGACUUCAACUUGUUUAUCUCUGGAGCCUGCGAUGCCACUGCCAAGCUGUGGGAUAUCCGGGAUGGAGCUUGCCGUCAGACCCUCAUUGGACAUGAGUCAGAUAUCAAUGCCAUCAACUUCUUCCCCAACGGCGACGCCAUCUGCACCGGCUCGGACGACGCCACUUGUCGCCUCUUUGACAUCCGAGCGGACCAGCAGCUCCUUGUCUACUCCCAUGACAGCAUCAUCUGUGGGAUUACCUCCGUCUCGUUCUCCCGCAGUGGGCGCCUCCUGAUGGCUGGCUAUGAUGACUUCAACUGCAACAUCUGGGACACUCUCAAAGCAGAGCGUGUGGGAAUCCUGUCUGGCCAUGACAACCGAGUGAGCUGUUUGGGGGUAACCCAAGAUGGCAUGGCAGUAGCUACCGGAUCCUGGGACAGCUUCCUGAAAGUCUGGAACUGAAGGUGGCGCGGAGUGACAGGAGGCUGCAGGGAGCCAUCAACGGGUGCAUCCUUUACCGAGUACUACUGGCAUUUCUGCUUGUUCUGUGCAGACUUAACUGAUCCACAAGAAUACUUCACUGCUUUAAAAAAGGAGAAGCUCAGGGAAAGAGUCCACACCAGGCAAGCUUCCCCCAUCCCUCUUCCGUCCCCUCUCCUUGAAACUCUGGUCUUACUGCAAGAGGUCGCAGGUCCCUGUCCUCACCCUCCGACAUGGGGACUGCUUCAAUGGAGAGGCGGCCACCUUGCUCACUCUCCCUUCACUUUAAGGCCCAGAAACCUUCCGCUCCGGGAUAUCCGAAUAGCUUUCUCAGCAGAGGUGCUGUACUAUGAUUCUUGAUACAGCCUCCCCUUCCGCCCAGUGUUUUCUGCUACCCUCAGCAUUCAUUUUCCUCCACCCAAAGGGCUCUCAAACUCAACAUCGCUGUAGAUUUUACCUGGGAAAUUCCAGACACAGAAGAAAAGAGCGUUAUCUCUCUCACACACACAUAGGACACUGCACUGAUCUUUAUUCACUUUCGUUGCAAUACAGAGAUGAGGGAAGAGUAAGUUAGUUCACUGCUUUAAUCUAUGCAUUGUAAAGAGGGAGAGUUUGGGGGGCCCCUGUUGGGGAAUUUUUAAAUGUAAUCCUAUUUAUUGUCUGUCUGUAGCCCCCCCCCCCAUCUUUCCACACCUCCUUCCAGUUCUCACCCACAUGAUACUGUGUGCUUUCCCUGGUGUGUUGCCCUUUAGGUUCCCACCAGCCACCGCUUUGAGAUGUAACUGUAUCAUAAGGAGUUUUAUAGCCCAGGCAAAAUAAAAGUGAUUGCUCAGAUAAGAAA